GCGCUGCAAAACAUCAGAGCACAACAUAAACAAACCCUUAAGCCGUUAACCACCUUCGACGGCGCAGAGGUUUGAUAUUGGUUUCAUUUGUUGAAACUGAAAAUGACGGAGAUGGAGAUUGAGGGUGAGAAACAGCACAAGUUCGAUGUGGACCUCGGGCACCUCAUGGCUUUCGACUCCAAUCACACUUUCCCCUCUCAACCACCUCUUUCCAGGGAGGAAAUCGUCAAGCAGUGUUUGCUGAAAGGCACUCACUUGAUUCAAGCGAUCGCAGAUGCUCUCUUCACCUUACCAUCAACCGAAGAUGUAGAUGGUCCCCUUGUCACCUUGCCUACGCCACUAACUAAAUUGCCAAGAGAAAAACAUCUUCCAAAACCUAAGCCUCCUACUAAAUGGGAAGUUUUUGCCAAAAAGAAAGGCAUACAGAAUCGGAAAAAAGACAAGAUUGUGUAUGAUGAACAAUGUGGAACCUGGAAACGGAGAUUUGGGUAUGAUCGUGCAAAUGAUGAAGACGCUGUACCUAUCAUUGAGGCAAAAGAAACUGAUGAUCCAGCAGAGGAUCCUUUUGCAAAAAGAAAAGAAAAUAAGAAGAAAAGAAUUGAAAAGCAGGAUAAAAAUCGACUACAGAACUUGAAAGAAGCUGCUAAAUUUGGUGCUUUACCAAGCCAUGUUCAGUUGGCAGCUACAGCUUUGCCUAUAACAGGAACUCAGGCAGCGCCCAAGAAAGUUACAAAGGAUGAACUAGGUAAUGUAGCAGGAAUCGCAGCAACUGCAACAGCCAGUGGUGGGAAAUUUGACAAGAAAUUGCCGGGUGAAAAGCCUGCAAAACAUAAAGGAAAAUAUCGAAAGUUCCUGCCAGUGGUGGAAGGAACCGGGAUAGGAUCACUAGAGAGGGAGCAAACUGAAAAAAUAUUGAACAAAAUCAUCUCCAAGAAUUCUCAUAACAUACUAAAUGUUGAAAAGGCCGUCACAAUGCACAAUGUGAAGAAAGAGAAGAAACGAAGGAGCGAGAAAGGGAAGGCUUCACCAGCUGACAACAAAUUGAAACCUGAGAAAAAGUCCUUUAAAAAGGGAAUUUUCAAGAAAAAGGGAGAUUUCAAGAAAGGAAAAGGGAAAGGAAAAUAAUUUAGAUUUUAUUAAAACAAGUUUUGAAGAGUUAUCGGAAGCUCUAUUUACUAGUUUCAAGUUUUGUAGUCUAAUUUCAUAUUACGAUUUGUAACCUGAAAAAGAGUCUCUUAGAAAGGGAAAUUUCAAGGAAGGCAAGGCGAAAAGGGGAAUAGUUUGGAUUUUAUUAAAACGAGUAUUGUAGAGUUCUUGGAAACUGUUUAUUGGUUUCAAGUUUUGUAGACUAAUUUCAUCUA